AGAUAGGAGUGGGACCGUGGCAGGGAAAAAAACACGAAAAAACCCCAUUGUUGGGUGCUCCAUUCCAUGGCGUCGCUUCUCCGGCCCACCUCGUCGUCGUUCCGCCUCUCCUCAUCCCCACUCCCCGCAUCUCCACCCAUCUCCCCUUCCCGGCGGCGCAAGGCACCUCCCGCGCCGCUCGCAUUCCCCGCUCCUCCUUCCCGGCCCCGCGCCGUCGCCGCGGCAGCCUACGGAGGAGGAGGCGCCCCCGUCGACACGCAGACAUUCAUCAUCGCCGCCUCCGUCGUCGGCGCCGUCUCCCUGUCCCUCGUCCUCGGCCUCAAGGGGGACCCUGUUCCGUGCGAAAGAUGUGCUGGAAAUGGGGGCACAAAGUGUGUCUUCUGCAGUGAUGGCAAAAUGAAGGCAGACAACGGGGUGGUCGAAUGCCGGGUAUGCAGAGGAGCAGGGCUGAUACUCUGCAAGAAGUGCGCAGGUUCUGGUUACUCUAAGCGCUUGUAGCCGCAGCUAGCAGACAUUGCGCUUUUCGUCAACAGGACAAGUUGCACAUUUACGUGUGAAACUGAGCGCUGUACAGAUAGAUAGAGAACUGAUCUCUAUUGCCGAAUUGUUCAUAUAGGGAUGAGUAUGAGACUGAGAUGAUGUAUGUGCAUCAGCAAAAUUGUACUACUCCUUACGGUUCAUAUUACUUUCCACUAAAAUAGAUGUAUCUACAAUUAAAAUGUGUCUAAAUACAUUCAUAUUAGCAUCAAGUAAUAUGAAUCGGAGGAAGUAGUACGUUUCUUGUUGCCCAUUUAGGGCUUAUAAUCAUCUAAUAUGAUCUCCGUACAUUGGCUGCAUA